CAAAAGUACUAGUGUCCAUUAGCCUUGAGCUUCUCAUUCCCACAACUGAUGUCCGGAUUACAACUCACAGAAUUUGUAAAACGGCCAGACGUUGGUAACACUGGUCGUGCUACUCGCGUUCGUGCCAACUUUUUUGAAGUCCAAAGCUUCCCUCAGAACAAUAUACACCAUUACGACGUCACCAUUACUCCCGAUGUACCUCCCGUCAUUAACAGAAAAAUUUGGAAAACGUUCGAAGAUCAAGAUGGUCAAGGUAGCCUUAAGGGUAUUAAGCCAGUCUAUGAUGGUCGCAAGAAUAUUUUCUCUCCAAAAGCUCUUCCUUUGGAGGAUAAUGCAGGAAUGUUUGAGAUCACUCUUCCCGAAGAUGAUGCAAGAGCCUCUUCAUCCAAGCGCCCUCCUCGUAUCUUCAAGCUCAAGAUCAAGAAGACUGGCGAAGUCGUCAUGGAAGAACUACGUCGGUUCCUCAGUGGCCAAGGUGCUUGCACCAGCGGUUGCUUGACAGCUAUCAUGGUUCUGGACGUCCUUAUACGCCACUUGCCAUCUAUGACUUACGCGACUGUCGGUCGUUCUUUCUUCACACCUCAGGAUGCCAAGCCUCUGGCUAACGGUGCUGAAGUCUGGCAAGGUUUCUACCAGUCUGCUAGACCCGCUGUUGGUAGAAUGAUGGUCAACGUCGAUGUCUCUGCCACUGCUUUUUAUGAGAGCGGUCCUUUGCCACAGAUGGUUGUCAAGAUCCUCAACUGGCGCACCGUAGAUGAACUUCGCCGUGGUAUCAGCGACCGUGAUCGUGUCAAACUCGAAAAGGUUCUCCGUAGCUUGAAAAUCAAGGUUGUCCACCGUGGUGAAAACAACCGUCGCUAUAAGAUUUCCAAGUUGACCUCCACACCAGCAGACCAGACUUUCUUCAAAGUUGGCGACUCUGAGGAAAAGCAAGAUGUGGCAUCCUAUUUUAACAAGACCUAUGGCAAGAAAUUGAGUUUCCCCUUCCUGCCUUGUGUCGUCGUCCAAAACAGCACUUUCUUGCCCAUGGAAGUUUGCGAAGUCGUCCCUGGACAACGUCACAUGAAGAAGCUCAACGAAAAGCAAACCGCCGAAAUGAUCAAGUUUACUUGCCAAAAGCCCAAUAUGCGUGCUAACAAGAUCAGCCAAGGUCUGAAUCUAUUGAACUACAAGGACAACGAUUAUAUGCAGCAAUUUGGCAUGUCUGUCAAGCAAGAUAUGGCUGUCGUCAAUGCUCGCAUUCUUCCCACUCCGACCGUUUCCUACAACCCCUCAACUCGUGAUGGUGCUUUUGUACCUCAAGGCGGUGCUUGGAAUUUGAGAGGAAAGCGUGUUGCUCAAGGUGCUACACUCGGAUCUUGGUCCGUUGUUUGCUUCACCAAUGAGCGUAUUGUUCCUAUGCAAGAUAUACAACGUUUUGUUCGUGAAAUGUGCACCACUUUCAUGGACACUGGUAUGAAUGUUGUCAACAAGACACCUCCGAUCACUCACGCUGAUCCUCAAGGAAACAUUGAUCGUACCCUAAAGGAGGCUUGGCUUAAGGCUGGUAAUGCUGCUAAGGCUGCACCUCAACUGAUUGUCUGCAUUUUGCCCAAUACAGGUGUUCCUCUCUAUGCUGAAAUCAAGCGUAUCUCCGAUACUGUCAUUGGAGUUGCCACGCAGUGCGUCCAAUCCAAGCAUAUCCAUGAUGCCAAGAAGCAAUACUGCGCCAACGUUUGCUUGAAGGUUAACUUGAAGCUCGGUGGUAUGAAUUCUUUCAUCGUCCCACAACAAAUUCCUUUCAUCUCGUCUCGGCCCACCAUUCUUUUCGGUGCUGAUGUCACUCAUCCUGCUCCCGGCGAUAUGAACAGACCUUCCAUAGCUGCUCUUUGUGCCUCCAUGGACGCUCGUGCUUCACGCUAUGCCAGCUCUAUUCGUGUUCAAGCCAACCGAACGGAAAUCAUUGCUGAUCUUGCCAACAUGGUGAAGGAACUCUUGAAGACAUUCUAUCAAUCAUCUGGUCAAAAGCCCGAACGUAUCUUGUUCUAUCGUGAUGGCGUUUCUGAAGGUCAAUUCAAGCAAGUGUAUGACAAUGAAAUUGCUGCCGUUCGUGCCGCUUGCACAUCUCUUGAUGCUGACUACAAGCCUACCAUUACCUUUGUCGUGGUUCAAAAGCGUCACCACGCUCGUUUCUUCCCCAUCGAUCAAAAUGACACUGACCGCACCGGUAACUGCUUACCAGGCACGGUUGUAGAUACCAAUAUAGUUCAUCCCUUUGAAUUUGACUUUUACCUGCAAUCUCACGCCGGUCUUCAAGGAACAUCUCGCCCAACUCAUUAUCACGUCCUUUAUGACGACAAUAAGUUUACUGCCGAUCAACUUCAAGAUUUGACUUACCGACUUUGCUAUCUCUAUGGCAGAGCUACCCGUGCUGUUUCUAUUGUUCCUCCUGCGUACUAUGCUGAUUUGCUUGCCACUCGUGCUCGCUUCCACUCUCGCGGUGAACACUGGUCUGACACUGACGCUACUUCCGAAAGCAUGGAUGGCGAAGGACACAUGGCCAGCUUCGGUGUUGUUAAGCCUGAAUUGCAGAAAGUCAUGUUCUUCAUGUAGUUUCGUAUUUCCAUACUAAAACAAAAUCACUACAAUAUUUCUCCCCUCCCUCCCUUUCGACUUUUUAUUUGUACCCUUUUUGAAUGUUCAGCUUUUCCGGUUCAUAAAACUACACCUCGCAACUCCCUUUACUCGUCCGAUUUAUGCUUUGGUUUCAGGUUUUGUAUGCCAUAGUUACUUCUCCCCUUCCGUACAUGUCAAAUCUGUAUCCUUCUUCUGGUUUCGGGUACAGGUAAUCGUCUGAUUGACAUGACGUUAUAUCCCCUAAUCACUUUUUCGAAUACAUUUUCCUCUUUUCUUAUUAUAAAAAAGUUCUUUAUUUUGAU